GUGAAGACUUGUGACACUUGACAACAUAUAUUUACUCCCGUUUCUCUCUUUCAACGCCAUCUUACCACCAUUUUCUUCUCUUUCUUUCUUUUCCCUUACACUUCUUUUCAUGGACAAAGGAUGGGAUCUUACCCUUGAUUCUACUUCUUUUUCUAAUCUGUUUCCAGACAAGACCAGUUCCAAUACUAAGCAGCAGCAGCAGCUAGACAUGUUUCAGUUCUCCGUUUGUUCUUCCACCGGGGAGGACUGCCAUGGAAUAAUCUCCUCCUCUUCUCCUUCCUCUUACGAGAACCGGCGGGUCGCCGUCGAUGAGGUUGACUUUUUCUCCGAUUAUGUUGGGGAUAAGAAGAAAAUCAAUGCUUUGACCGUCGUUAAUGUCAAGGAGAGGUUUCAUGGCGAAAGCGGUCCGGGCUCUGCGUUGGAUGUUAAUGUAAGCGUUCUUUUCAAUGGUUUAAUUCUACUUUUAGUCCCUAUUAUAUACAAAUUUUGUGGCACAAUUACAAGUGGAAUUGAGACGCAUGAGUGCCGAGAACCAGAAGCUAAAAGACAUGGUUACUACUGUUAA